AUGCAUGUUUCUCAUUCCACUCUUCACUCUUCAUACUCGAGACAAGAACCCGUCCAGCCUCUGUGGAAUCGCUCUCUGAUCCAUUUCCAUUCAACACCACGUCAGUUCCGUGACUGUGCCUCCAUCUCUCUGGCCGCCGAAGACGAUCCUCACCAUCGUACAGCAUGUGCAACUACUACAAGAACUACUACAUCUACAGCACCUGUCAGAAUCCGGCGGCGCAUUUUCUGCGCACCACUCUCGAUGGCAACAAAGACACGCGCUGCUCGGACAGUCCGCAUGAUCGGUUCAUCGUCAUCGUGGGUAAAUGUCUACUCUGUGGACGCUGAUCUCCAUCCGGAGUCCUGA